UGUAUGUAUAAAUGAAGUCCGGUGUUUUGACAUUGAUAAAGUGAAUGGCAGCAGAAAUGAUGCUUCGUGUGGUGAAACAGGCUGCAGUGACCAGAUAAGUCAGUGAAAUUGGACGCCGUGUCCAAAUAGAGCGUGAUAAAGAUGGCGGAAUGUCCAGGUCAAUAACACGAACUGAAGAUGUGUUGUUUUUUUUAAAUAGCUAGAAUUUCAAGUGUAUUGUUAUUAUAAAAGUGUGCCUAAAAAUAAAUCUAGAAUGUGUGUGUUUUAUGGUUUUUCUAAAAAUGUAUCUUGCAGCGUGGCGCCCUCUUGUGGUAGCUCUGAAACAUGAUCAUCAGCAGGACAGAAAAAAAGUUUCAACAUGGCUCCCUAGCAACCAGACGCUCCUCUCCUGCCUGGACACACUGAUGCCAAACAUCGCCACAGUGUUGACUUUGUUGUUGUGUUGUAGCCGCAGAAGUCCGCAGAAGUAUCAUUCAACUCGUCGUGUCAAAGAACGGUUAUUUUGUCUGCCAUGUAAGGUUAAAUUUGACAUAUUAAGUUAUGUAAAUACUGGUAUUUUAACUGACAUGAGCUCAGAGUUAACGUUACAUUAACUGCGCCUUAGCAAGCUAGCUGGUAAAUUAGCAUAACUUCUUCAGUCUCUCAAUGGACUAUGACUACAGAUAAGUAGGAUAUGUGCAUUAUAACUGCGAACUAACUGCUGUACUUAGCGUUAUGCCAGCUGCAGUACACUUCCAGGCAGAAAAGUUAUGAUACAGAGUGAGAGACAAAAGCACCGCGGUGACGAGGAGGUGGUCAAAGAACUGUGCAUGGUAAAUGGAGUGUCCUAUGAAAAAAUUGCACAAGAAGGAAGCAACGUCAGCUCCCUGGAGAUCUUCUUCUCUGGUUUUCCCCGCAUGGUUGGGCUUUCCUUCUUCCCGAGGCUCUGCCAGCUUACUAUUGUGGGCCAGAAUGUGAAACACAUUGAAGGACUUGAGUGUUGUCCUCUCCUACGGGAGCUUUGGGUAGUCCAAUGCCAGCUGACAGGAAUAUCUGGACUGCAGAAUUGUGUACAACUAGAAAAACUCUACCUUUAUGAUAAUCAGAUCUGUGAAAUAAAGAAUUUAGAAUUGCAGAUCAACCUUGAAGUGUUGUGGCUCAACAACAACUGCAUAGCUCAGAUACAGGGCUUAGACACACUUCAAAACCUGAAAGAAUUAAACCUAGCUGACAACAACAUUGAAAAGAUUGGGCAUAGCCUUGAUCCUAAUGACAGUAUUCAGAAUCUUAAUCUGUCCGGAAACAAGAUCAACUCCUUUAAGGAGCUGACCCUGAUCGCCCACUUACCCCAUCUGAGAGAACUAGCACUGAAGGACCCCACGUCAACCCCGAACCCAGUGUGUCUGCUGUGCAACUACGCCACACACGUCCUUUACCACAUGCCAGGCCUCCAGCUACUCGACACCUAUGACGUCUCGAGCAAGCAAGUCAAGGAAGCAGCUGAGUCGACAGUAAUGAAGAAAAUGAUGUACUACAACAUGCGUGUGCGCACUGCUCAGAGGAACCUGGCAGAGAUGCGGAUCAGUCUAAUAGAGAGGAAGAAAACUAUGUUACAGUUACCCGAAGAAUGCAUCCGAACACUCAGUCAUGCCCUCAAGAGUCUUGAACGUGAGCUCUCCAAGGUGCCGACUGGUUAUAAGAAGUCUGCCUGCAUGUUGGAGGACGGAUUGAGCCACCUGGUUGAUGGUUCAGCCGACAGAAGUGACCCAAACACUGACAUAAGCCGUGAUCCCGCCACAGAAGACAAAAUACUCAUUAAGAUUGAAGCACUGAGGGAGAGACUGGUGCUCUGGAUGAGGAGACUGGAUGAGAUUGAAGCCUGGUGUGAGCGGGAUUUGAUGCAAGCCACAAACCAGAUGGAAUAUACUGUCCAGUUUCUGUUGAUGGAACUAGAAAGUGUUGGAAAUAUUCGUUUGGAAGAUGGCUGCUCUACAGACCCUUGGUUCACUUCCUGUUGCGACCUCCUGCAGUCCCGCUUCUCUCACUCAGACUUUAAAGUUUACAACAUCACUGGCAUUAAGAUCAGCCGAGUUAUCCGUAUUCACAACAGUGCUUUGAGGCUUCGCUUUGAGGACAAGCUUCACACCCUUCUGGCCAGUGAAGACUCUGCUAUCUCCUCACACAGGAGUUACAGACGUCGGCUGGAGCACUUGUUCUACAUCGCUGACCCUGAAAAAAACUGUGAGAAGGAGGAAAUUUUGUGCAUUCUAGAGGAAGGCUUCAAAACAGCUGAACAAUAUAAGGCCUUAGAAGGAGAGGGUGCCAUACCUUUAUCUAAUAGCCUGAGUGUGACUGAGCAGCCCAGAAUUGAGCACACACUGUGCCAGGCCAGCCAAGGUGAUUCCAAACACAGCACGGACACGAUCCCCUUCAGGCAUGGUCAGAUUAUUAUUUCCAAAGUGUUUGUGGGCCACAGCAUGCCAAUCCAAGAGAAGGAGCCGUUCGACAGAAGCAGAUACCCGAGAGCCUGCUCUGUGUACCGCAAUGUGGACACAAAGCACAGAACUGCAAUGAAUGAAGAAAGACCUCGCUCCACCAAAACACACACUGGUCCUGAAUGCGGUCCCAGACGGAGACAAUGGUUUGUGUUUGACCGUGAGCUUGUCCUGCCGGAGUACAUCAUUUACUUUGAAUACAUCACCAGGGAAGAAGAGCAGCCACACAGCAUAGGCAGAGAUGAUACGCCGUCCAACGACAUCAUCCUGGACAGGGAAGUCCUCAACAUGGAACCUGUGCUGAAGCCGCAGCCCAGGUUGUUGAGCUUGGAUGAUAAAAUUCUGCUUAAUGUGGCCAGAGCCAAUGUCCUCAGUCAAAUCACUGUGCUGAAUCUUCAUGGCAACAGUCUGAGGAAUAUAAAAGAGAUUUCUCGCCUCACAGCUCUGCGGCAUCUUACCAUCAGCUUCAAUGAGUUCACACACCUGGAUGACAUUUCUCACAUGCCCAACCUUGAGUUUUUGGACGCUAGCUAUAAUCGCCUCGUGACCCUAGAAGGCUUGAGGAGGCUGGGACAGCUCAAAGAGCUCGACCUGCGCUGGAACAAACUGACCAACGCCAGAGAAGAUACUGCUGUGCUGAGAAAACACACACCUGCUCUGCUGAAACUUGACACCAGAUACAACCCCUGGGACAGGUCCAAAGCAGUCAGAGUGACCAUACUGGGCCGGCUAGCAACUCUCACACACCUGGACAAUAUAAUGGUUACAGAGGAGGAGGCUGCUUUUGCUGUUCUGAUGGCUGCUGGAUCCAAAAUUAACCAGGCAUCUCUUCUGUCUCACUCACGUACCAACAGUGGCCGUCCCCGCAGUCUCAGCCUGCUGUCAACAGCCCAGCUCCUGUGUCGUCUCAGUCCUGCACCCUGGGGCCUCCACCGAGAGCUGGAGCCAGACUGGACUGCUAAGAUCACUGUCCUGAACCUUGACAGCCAGAGGAUUUCCAAACUGAUCAAUCUCAAUAAGCUGGUCAACCUUCGCUGGGCUUCCUUUAAUGAUAAUGAUAUUUCUAAAGUUGAGGGUCUUGAUAGCUGCUUGAAGCUGGAGGAGAUUUCUCUCAACAGCAACAACUUAAGCACACUCAGUGGCCUAUCAAAACUGCAUUGCCUCAAUAAACUGAGCAUAGAUGGGAAUCAGCUGUCAAGUCUGGAUGCCUCAGUCCUCGAUCAGCUGCCCAACCUGUCCUUUCUGUCUGUGGAGAACAACUGUAUCAGUUCCCUGCAUGGCAUCCACAGAGCUCGCUCCCUUCUUGAGCUCUACAUCGGCAACAAUCACAUUUCUACAUCACGAGACAUCUACUAUCUGAAGGGACUAGCAAACCUCAUCAUUCUGGAUCUUUAUGGGAAUCCUUUGGUGGAGAAGCUGGAAAACUAUCGGAUAUAUGCGGUGUUCCACCUAAGCUCCCUGAAAGCUCUGGACGGCGUUGCAGUGGAGGUAACUGAGUGUGAAAGUGCAAAGGACAUGUUUGGAGGAAGGCUAACCUCUGACAUGGUAGCAGAGAAGCUGGGCCACACAAACUACACAGACAUCACCUACCUCACUCUGCAGUCCUGCUCUAUAAGAAUGGUUGACCUGUCUCCAGCGGACCUGUUCUGUAGCCUGCGCAGUGUCAACUUAGACCACAACAACCUCACCUCUUUCUCAGGCCUCAUUUACCUGCCAAACAUCAAAGCUCUGUGUUUGAACUACAACCACAUCGAGUCCAUCCUGCCCAGACAGAAGUCACUGGCUCCUUUGACAAACAGACAGAUACUUUACAGCAAGGUUCACUCCAGUGGUUACGGCCAGCAGAGCCCAUCCAAAGGAAAAGGGGAAGCUGGGCCCACUGGCAGCCUGGAGCCACUGAUGGGCAGCCUGGAGGUGCUGCAUUUGAGUCACAAUGGCAUCUCCAAUAUGGCCAAUCUGCAGCUCAGCAGGCUCACCAAUCUUAAAGCACUCUUCCUGCAAGGUAAUGAGAUCAGCCAGGUGGAAGGAUUGGAGGGGCUUCACCAGCUCAGAGAGCUUGUGUUGGACAGGAACCGGAUCAAAGCUCUGGCCGAUAACUCUUUCAUAUCCCAGAACGUCCUGCUAGAACUGCACCUCGCUGAGAACCGUAUCCGGGAGCUCAACCAUCUAGAUCCUUUGACUGAGCUCCGCAAGCUCUUUCUUGGCAUGAACAAGCUGCAGGACGUCACAGAGCUGGACAAACUAGAAGUUCUUCCUGCACUGACAGAGCUGUCUGUGAUUGGCAAUCCUGUGGCCAAGAAUUCUCUCCAUAGACCAGCGAUAGUGCUCCGUCUGUCCCAGUUGCAGGUCCUGGAUGGAGUGAUGGUCACCCUGGAGGAAAAGACCAGGGCUGAGCUCCUCAGUGCCGAUCCAUCACAAUGCUCCCAAUACCCUGGAGCUUCUCUCCCUACCACUGAAAUAAACCUCCCUGGACUGCUACCUCUCAUGCCUCGAAGCACCCCUCUCAGAGGAAUUACUAUAAGUGGAGGACUGCAGAACUUCAUGCAUGGACACGAUAUCCUGCCAAGUAAUAUGGAUGAGGCCCAAUCUCAUUACACGUACAAGCACAAGAAGCACAAGCAUGGUAGUGCUGCCCGUAGCGGCCAGGCUGACAUCAGCUUUAGACACAUUCGAAGAACAGGAAGCAACCUGCCAACCACGGGACUCCAUGACGGGAACAGAGUCAUCAUCACGUAUCCCAGCCAGGAGCAAGAGAGCAGAUUUCCGAGUGGUGGCAAACCUCCACCCAUGUAGCGACCAGAAGAGAUGGAGCAUACUCUGGUGAAAGGUGAACACAUGCGACUGCCCUGACUGCAUUGUGGUCAUGUAUCAUAAUAUUUUAGGUCGACAUAUCUCUAUAAUGGUGUUUUUGUGAAUGUGCCUUAAUGUAUAUGAACAUAUGCAAACAUUUGCAUAUUUAAUGCAGUCAGAAUAAAGGGCAAUUCAAGUGCCUUUAUCUUUUUUAUUAAUAUGGUUAAAAAAAUAACUUUCUGUUAACUUUUUUUAUUUAUUUAUUUGCUGUUUACAUAUUAAUAAAUCACCUUGGUCACUCUAAAACAGGUUUGUGGUGAAAGAAAAUUAGGCUAAUUGAAUGUUGCAUGUAGUGCAUCCCUUUCAAAUGCAUUUAUAAUGACUGUGACCUUAUUUUUUAUCCACAUAUGUGGAUCACUAACCAUGGUAAUCUGAGGAUGAGAGGUUUUGGUGUCAUUUCUACUGCUAUCCCAUCCUUGGCCCCAAACAAGCGAAAAAACACCCACAGAUGUAAGGGCGUGUGAGGCUGGCAGGCUGCUUCCACGGGGUCAAACGCAUACCCAACAAGUGGAUAAUCCAGCUUUAGCACACCUCUCUGUGGACAAUAAUCUGCCGUCACUCAGAUAAAGAUGUAAUCUUGAAUAAGGUCCAAAUGGAUUUUAGAGAUUGUCAGUUUCAUCAUGUUAGCCUCUUUUCGAAAAGCCAACCGCAGUUUCGACUAAUAGUCAAAUCCUGUGUGCUGUAACUGGAAAUGAACCUACUCCACUUGAUGUUUAUUUUAUUAGUUCUGCUAAAUAUGAGAUUAUAAUCCUUCCUGACUUCCUGUCAGUUUAGUCUAGUAGUCCUGCAGUUAAUAAAAACAUCGGUCUAAAUCUUAAACAAGGCAUAUAUUCUAAACCCUCUCAUUCUGGGAAAACUGAACUGAUCACUGUAUGAUAAAAACAACUCCAUGUGAAAAGAUUUAGAUGGUCCAUCAAUUAACUGACACAUAAAUGUUUUAUGGCUGGUAAAGAACACCAUUCUAAUUUUCACUGUGCUACUGUUGUUCUGGACAACAUUACUGGGGACAUUUUUUACUUUAAUUAUUAGUCUUUCGAUCAUUUUGGCUAUGUUAAUGCAAUACAGACCCUUAAGGACUCUCCAUACAAACCACAUUUUUUUAAUCGCACAGACAUUCCAGCAUAAAAUAAUGCAUUAUAUUAAAUCAGACUUUCAAUCUGAUGCCCUGGCUUCAAAAUUCUAGUUUUAGUUUUUUCUCAGACAUUUUCUCAUGUUUGUCCAAUGAGGCCAAUACAUGCUAUUUUCCUGGUGUCCACUGGGGUUAUUUCUAAUGUAUUAUGGAGCACUGCUGUGUGUGAUGCACUGCAUCAAAAUAAAUGUUGUUGCUAAUCACUGACAGUGACUGUGAAAAAUACACUUCCUCUAGCAUUUAGCAUACAGAAAAUAAUUCAAAGUUGGUUAUCGUAUUUAACUCAGUAAAAGUGUCAAAUAAAAUGAAUAUAUAAUUUUAUGACCGUUUUUUGAUGCAGACAUUUUUGCUCUCUAAGAACAUCAGAGCACCUUUUGUGACAAGGGUAAAUUAUUGUUUUAUUUAAUGUGAGACCUGUACUUUUUCAUAAUACGUACCCCUUAAAAACAUAUAAUAGGUUGAGACCCAGGGUUGGGAAAUAUAUGUCUAAAUUGUAAACAAAAGCCAAUAGUUAAUUUUUUUACCGAGAACACCCUUUCUUAAGGCUGUCACUUUUAAGCCACCAAAUCCAGAAGCAGCAUUAUUUUUGUCCUAUUCCUUCCACCAAGUUUAACUCUGGUCUUUAUGGAUCAGUGGUGUUGGUGUGACCACUAGGUGUCCUUAGAGCUCCAUUAGCUCUCCCUGAUAAUCAGUCCUCAAUGAAUUUACCACUUGGCCUGUAGGUAGUUUAUCAGUUGAAGGCAGAUACAAGUGUGUAUGCUUUAGGCCUCUGCUGAGCAUGUGAGGCAACAACCAGCUCUAGGCAGAAAAAGUGAAAAGCUCUCCCCAAACAAGCUCCUCUAAUGCAUGUACUUAACUUCACUUAAUUUGUGUUAAUUCCCAGCAUUAAGCGGGGCUAAUGACUGUGCAAGUGAGUGCACUGUCAUUACCUUGCUCUGCCUGACAUCAAAUGGCAGCUGAUGGACUCACAUUAAAAAAAACCUCUAAUGCACAGAUCUGGGGGCUCAGUCAGAGCUCUCUAAUGCAUUAGGUAUUGCAAAGGAUAAUUACAUGUUUUAUAUUUGUGUACAGUAUGUGCAGUAUGGAUAUGUAAGAAAUAUAAUGCAAUUGUAUAUGUGUGUGUAGUGUAAGUUUAUAGUGAGGAUACCACCUCAUACACUAUGUUUCUCUUUGCAUAUCUGUCAGUAUUUUAACAUUAAAAUGACAUUAGCAUAAAGAUUGUGAAUAAUUCAUCAGUCCU